GUAUUUCAAUAAAUCAUCGUCUACACAAAAAAGGUACCUGCAAAAGGUGCGGAGCUCAGUCCCAAGGUGAAACCUGGGUGUGUAAUGCAGACGAGGCACGAACCGGGAGACAUAGAGAUACUCGGUGUUUUUUCCAUCACCACUCUUGUCUCUUUCAACAAGAACCGUGAUGGCAACAAAACUCGGCAUAACCCUUGUCGGCGAAUCUUGCUUUUGACACACGCGGUGUACUAUGGAACCUUUGCAGUUAGUAGCGGCGGCGGACGGAUAUGCGUGACGACUACAGGAAAUUUUGGUUUACCUUGCGAGUGGAAGAGCGAAAGCAUGACGUUAGGUUCGGGGCACGGGUCGGCAACACGUAGAGGCUAUUUCAGUGGAGCGCGGCCACAACUAAACGCGAUGACUGUCAGGGUCAUGCCGCCGUAGCAGGCAGCCAUACGGGAUUGGGCAGUAUGGUGAGGUCACGUACACGGAUAAGAGGAGGCGUCACAGAGAAAG